CCCAUUCUCUAAGCAAUAGAGCUCUCUCUUUAUAUACGUAGUAUAUGUCUGUGAUGUGCAAAUGUUGGGAACAAUUUUUCCUGUAGAAUUGAAAUAAAAUUGGUGUAUUUUUGAAUUUGUUCGGCUAAGAAAAACAAUGGGCCACCAGGCAAAGCUACUAUUCAUCAUCCUAUAUAAAGCCUACAAUUUGGGGACUCCAUCCAUCAGAUACAAGUAACGCUCAAUAUAUAUAAUGUCGACAGAAAGCAGCUGUGUGCAAGUUCCUCAUAUGAAUGGUGGUGCGGGAGACAGCAGCUAUGCUCAUAAUGCAACAGCUCCGUUAAAGGUGAUGAUGAAAGCCAAGCCAAUCAUGGAAGAAAGCAUAAGGAAGAUGUUCGAAAGAAUCAUCCCUUCUCCAAGCUGUUUCAGAAUUGCAGAUUUGGGUUGUUCUUCGGGAGUUCAUGCAUUAAUUGCUGCAUCCAACAUUAUGGACACUAUUGGUAUGGUAGCAAAAGAAGCAAUGAAAAGCAGCAAUACUAAUAUUAAUGAAAAGCCACCUGCUUUCCAGGUUUUCCUUAAUGAUCUGUUUGGGAACGACUUCAAUACAUUGUUCAAAUUGAUUCCUGGAUUUCUGAAAGAGAAGAGGAAGACUGGUGGACCAUGUUUCUUUAAUGCAACACCUGGGAGUUUCUAUGGCAGACUCUUCCCCUCGCAGUCCAUACAUUUAUUCUUUUCCUCUUUCGCAAUCCAUUGGCUGGCUCAGGUCACACACCUAUUUUAAUGUCCUGUUCGAUUCGACUCGAAUUUUCUAGUACUGGACUGGUCUUGUCCCGUCCGAUCUAGUCUAAUAACGUGUAAAUCUAUGAAGCACGGAAACUUUCGGGAAAACGUACGUUCCCGUUUCAAAAACUAGACGAAAACUCUUUUGGGACUCUCUAAACGAUUGUCGUUUUUGAGUAAAAUAUUACAUUUCCGUUUCCCGUUUCCUCAUUAUUUUCAUGUUUCCGUGCAACAUAGCGUCUAACAUUAUUUUCAUUUAUAGUCUGGAUCUUGAUCUUAUUUGGUCCAGUCUGUUUAUGUCUGACCAAGUCUGUUGCAAUCUAAUCUAAUAAUGGUGUUUGCAAUAGUAAACUUACUAUUUUACUUGUUUGCAAAUAAGCAGGCUCCCAAAGAUAUAAAGGGAGAAAUACAACUACCAAUUAAUGAACGAAGCAAUGUUUAUUUGACAAGCAAAGCUCCACCAUCUUAUAAGGAUCAAUUUAAGAAAGACUUGCAAUUGUUCUUGAGAUCACGUUCUGAAGAAAUAGUCCCUGGGGGAGCCAUGCUCCUAACUUUGAUAGGCAGAUACGACACUCCUGAUUUUAUAAGCCCUUCAAGCAUCUUCCGUCAAGUAAUCGUAGAUAUGGCUUUAGAGGUAUCUACAUAGAAAUGUUGUUUGUACCACCCUUAUACCCACCAUGUUUGUGCAAGGUGCUACAAAAAACGAAAUUGGCACAGAUUUGUUACGGAUCUUUGACACGGAUUUGUCAAAAUUCAUAGGGUAUUUGACAUAGAUUUGACACGAAUACUUCAAAUCCGUGCCAACUCGGUUAAUCCGUGUCAAGGCUGUGCCAAUAUUAUUGUUUUCUUGUAGUGAGGCUUUUUUUAUAUGUGAAUCCCGUUCACAGACAAAAUAUGUUUGUGCAAAGUUUGCACAGACAAAAUAAGACACAUUUUGUUUGUGAAUCGGGAUCACAGACAAAAAAACCUUCAAAGACAUGGUGGAUAUAAGGAUGGAUACAACAAGAAUGACUGAUCUAAUCAUUUCAUUCAUGUAAAAUUUCACUCAACCGUUAGAUUUUUGGAAGCAAAGAUGACAAACUGUUAAAUCAUUUUAUCUCUUGUCCCUUUUUUGGCCGUUAAUAGCAUUAAAGUAUCAUAAAUAAUUCAUACUUCGUAAACUAGACAUAAAGAUUGAAAUAACAUUAAUAAUACUCCGUAUAUUUCCUCCGUUCUAAACAAUUUACAAUUCGCGAGUUUUAAGAUUAAAUCUUCCUUAGAUUCCUUACAAAUCAUUAAAUCAGUUCAAAUUCUACAUGUUUAGAAACUGAACCGUAAUGUUUACAAAAUUGCAAAAUCAGAAUUAGAAUAUGAUCCAUUAAAAACUUAUAUCAUAACUAAGAAAAUUAUUUUAUAACACAUACAUAAACUAUAUACGGAGUACUAGUCAAACAUGUCUAGUUAAUUAAUCUAAGAUGAGCUGAGAGGUUUGUUUUGGGCGCAGAAUAUAAUUGAAAUGUCAAAAUUGGAGAGUUUGAGACUUCCUGCAUAUCACCCUACUGCAAAGGAAAUCCUAGAAAUGAUUGAGGAAGAAGGAUCUUUUAAGAUUGAAAGUCUAGAGAGUUUGAGAUUAUGUUGGGAUGGAUCCAACCUCAAUGAAGAUGGAGAUGAUAAUGAUUUGUACUCUUUGGUGGAUGUAAGAAAGAGAGGAGUGUUCUUGACCAGAUAUAUAAGAUCAGUCUUUGAACCUCUUUUAAAAGCACAGCUUGGAGAAGGACUCAUGGAUGAAUUAUUUCUUAGGUUUCAGAACAAAGUUGUCCAAUUCAUGGAUCGAUUGGAAUAUCCCAUUUUGGUUUUAUCUCUCUUUGCUAAUUAAAUGAUUGAGAAUACUAAUCUGUCAAAUUAUGUAUCAAAAAUAUGAUCAAACAUAGACGGAGAAAUUAAACAUCGCAAUAAAGCAAUAUUAAAUGGUGUUUACAAAUGAUGCUCAUGAGUCUCCUUAGUAAUCUACUAAAAGACUCUUAGUUUUCAAGGGGGUUACAAAUGUUUACUAUGGAGUAUAAAUUACGCCUUUGUUUUGUUACCAGGGGCGACCCUAUAUGUUCGAAGGCUUAUGGGUGAAAAAUUAAAAUGGGUCUAAUGUUAUAAAAAAAUUGUAGAAUUGAACCCUUUUCUAUCUAAACUCACUUGCAUAAUAAUUUAGGAAGGAAGCAAUGGUUAUUCUAAUUGUACAUUUUAUCAAUGUUUAAAUCAUAUUUAAGGAAAUAAAUCUAUUAUUAUCACCUCAUAAAUCGCCCCUCCAAUGAUGUAAUCAUUCUGAAUCGUUUCAUUUUUAGUAGCUAAAUUAUUGUUCUAUGAGUUCUCAUCUUGAAGAUGACAUUCAGAAUUUGACUUCUUACUUAGCGCCGUUUUCUUUAAUCUUUUCCUCUUUUUUAUUUAUCCUAUUCAGAUUCAUUCCUUUUUAUAUAUUACACCUUGAAAUUAAUUAAAUUUUUAACAUUUAUCAUUAUUGAAAAUGUUGGUCUAACAAAAUCAACUAGUUAUCUAUAGCACCAACACUCAAUACAAAUCAAUCAACAAUUAAGAAAUCAAACCAUCAACUAUGAAUAGAAUCAAUUAAUAAACUAAUCAAAUAAUCAUAUGAGACUAAUCUGCUUUCCAGUGAAUUUUUUUAAUGAAAAUUUAAGACAAUGUUUUUCAUAAGAGUAGAUUAUGUCCAUAAAAUUUCAGCUUAAAAUUCAAUCGAGAAGUAAGUUAAAUAAAUGAUUGAAAAACAAUGCACCAAAAUAUGUAUACAAACGUAGUGUUUUUCAAUAAUUUAUUUAACUGACUUCUAAAUUGAACUUUGAAUUGAUUUUUUUACAUAAUCUACAUUUCAUAGAGAACAUGAUCAUAAGUUUUCACCAAGAAAAUCAAUUCUGAAGAACUUCAACAAAUGUAGCACGGGAAAAUGAGCCUACUCACACCUAUUACAAAGAAACAAACUUGGGCCUAUUUUUUAUCAAUUUUUUUGGGCCUAGGGCGCCCGCCCCACUUGCACCCCCUUAGGGCCACCCUUGUUUGUUAUGAGUGAAUAAAAUUUGUGUCUUUGUUUUGCUAUGAUUUCUUCUAUAUAGUACAGAGUAGUUGGUUUCUUUUUGAAUAUUAUGUCUUUUGUCUUGUGGAAAAUUUUAACAUAUUAUUAGCACAAGUCCUUCCUUUAUCCAAGAAUCUAUUUAUAUACAAAUCACCGUGGAAACAAUGGCCAAACUCCCGCUCAAAAAUGUCUCAAUCGUUGGUCAAAACUCAAAAGUCGGUCCAUGAAUGGCACUGGAAAGUAGGGCUGCACAAGAAUAACCCGAACCCACAUACCCCGCCCGACCCAACCCCACCCGACCCUAUUUAAUCGGGUAUUUGAUUUUUAAAAAUACUCAUGAGUUAAAUAUGUUUGAACCCGCAUCUAAUGGGUAGGGUUGCAGAAUUAAAAUCUCAAACCCGAUAGUACCCGACCCGACCGAAGUUCAUUUUACUAUUAUUAUGCUACAACGUUUUCUUGGAUAAUUUCAAUUUAAGACCAAUGUGCUCUAUUUAGGACUUUAUGAUAUUAGAGUUAUAAUUAAACAUUUAUCAUUUUGACUAGGUGAUUAUUAUAUAUUUACUUUUCCUUCUAAAUGAACUUCCUUUACGGAAGGAUGUUUUAAUACUAUUACCUAAUGUUUUUGCUUAUAAAAGAUACGAGUACUUGUAUUUGUUUGUGUGUUUUGGAAACAAGUUAAUCGAAUUUUAAAUUGGUUACAUUAAUUUCCCACAUGAAAGAUGCAACCCGAAGUGAUUUUUUUCGUCAAUACCCGACUCUACCUGACCCGUUCAUGCAUGUUUUUCCAACUUAUUUUGCGUACCGCGGGUUGGUCAAUAGUCAACCCGAAAAAAUCGGGUAGGCCCAAAACAUAUAGCAAACCCAACCCGCCCGAUGUGCAGCCCUACCUGAAAGUAGGAGGUUAAUAGAGGGUAUUCCAUAUAGCCCAUGUAGCCCGCCGGAUAUUGUCGAUUUCAUAGCCACCCAGAUAUCGCCAAUUUCAUCUGGAUUUGGCAUAGAGGAGGCAAAGCAUGGGGCGAUCGACGGCUAGCAGUGACGCAUCCACUGCAGCGACAUCAACGGAGGGCCAUAGACGGUGGAGACCACAUCAGAUUGAGACUGCUUGCAAUCAAGUGCAUCAGUAACCAAUUUUCUGGUCUGGAGGACGGGAACGGCUGACCUGGGGCUUUCUUUUUAAGAGACAGUUCCAAUCCAAAGAGGACGAGGAGGCCGGUGAGGCAAGAGGCAGACAGGCAGCCUCACAGACAUGCAGACUUCAUGAAGAAGAAAGAUGACAGAUAAGGUUUCUUCGGGUUUGGCCGGGGAUUCUGAUGUAAAGCUCGGUCUUCGUUUACAUUGGCAAC